AAUGGUGCUCCCUCCUCCUCCCAAGCCCCAGGCGGACGGUGACAAAGCAAUCUGUGCACACCGCAGGAUUAUGCUACGCUGUUCACCCAGUCCUGCACGCGGCGGCGGCAACCACUGGAAGCACCUGUUUGGGCCUGCGGCCCGUCCCUGCCCAUCAAACCGACUUGACUUGCUUCUCCCUGCGGCCUCUGAGGGACUGAACCUGUGACGCGUUUGCUCUCCGUGGGAUCUUCCGCCUGCCUCCUCAGAUUCCAAGGGGAUUGAAACCCAUGAUCGUGAGUUCCUCAGAGAAGUGAAAGCGGCCUAGAGGGAUCCAGAAAUUCCUGUUAGCAGCAGGCUUUAUAAGUCAGUGAGCAGGGAGCUGUCUUCAUCCAGACGGAAAGCCACAGGAGUGCAAAGAUGUCCCCGCGCCUGGCCCCCUUGCUGCUCUUUUCCCUUGUCCUCCAUGGUGCCCUGACCCUGAGGCUCUGCUCCUUCAACGUGAGGUCCUUUGGAGACAGCAAGAAGGAGAACCGCAACGCCAUGGAUGUCAUUGUGAAGAUCAUCAAGCGCUGUGACCUUAUACUCCUGAUGGAAAUCAAGGACAGCAGCAACAACAUCUGCCCCAUGCUGAUGGAGAAGCUGAAUGGAAAUUCACGGAGAAGCACAACAUACAACUAUGUGAUUAGUUCUCGACUUGGAAGAAACACGUACAAAGAACAAUAUGCCUUCCUCUAUAAGGAAAAGCUGGUAUCUGUGAAGGCAAAAUACCUCUACCACGACUAUCAGGACGGAGACACCGACGUAUUUUCCAGGGAGCCCUUUGUGGUUUGGUUCCAGUCACCCUUCACUGCUGUCAAGGACUUCGUGAUCGUCCCCCUGCACACAACCCCCGAGACAUCCGUUAAAGAGAUAGACGAGCUGGCUGAUGUCUACACGGACGUGAGGCAGCGGUGGAAAGCCGAGAAUUUCAUCUUCAUGGGUGAUUUCAACGCUGGCUGCAGCUAUGUCCCCAAGAAGGCCUGGCAGAACAUCCGUCUGAGGACGGACCCCCAGUUCGUCUGGCUGAUUGAGGACAAAGAGGACACCACAGUCAAGAGCAGCACCAACUGUGCCUAUGACAGGAUUGUGCUUCGAGGACAAGAGAUAGUGAACUCAGUGGUCCCCCGUUCAAAUGGCAUCUUUGACUUCCAGAAAGCUUAUAAGUUAUCGGAACAGGAGGCCCUUGAUGUCAGCGACCACUUUCCGGUUGAGUUUAAGCUACAGGCUUCAAGGGCCUUCACCAACAACAGAAAAUCCGUCGCUCUAAAGAAGAGAAAAAAAGGGAAUCGCUCCUAAGUACCGUGGUGCCAUUUUGUUAACGCCACCCCUUGCCUCCAAAUAAAAUGGCUGUCACAGGUCUAAA